UAGCUGUCUGCGCUCACUUCUCCACAGCGAGGGGACUCCGAGAAUAAACAAUUUCCACAGACUACGCGCUCCACACCUCGGCUCGCUCACAGGCGCAGCAUUCAUUCGUAGAAUUAAAAAAAUCAAAUCAAAUCAAAACGAGGCUUUUUAGAAAUUAUUUCGGACUUGAUUUUUUCCUCCCUCGAAGCCUGCCUCGCCAUUUCUGCUUCCUGCCAAAAGUGUCGCGACCGUUUUCAUUGGAUUUGCCUCCUCCUGUCGAAUGAUAACGAUGCGCCUCUGUGGGGUGGACGAACGCAGGUCCCCCCCAUGUGAGAUCUGCGAAGCUGAAAGGCGCCACUGACAGAACCACAGCCAGGCCAUAGGACAGACAUCCCAAACAUCCACAGCCACGGAAUGUGUCAACAUCUUUGUGGUGAAAUCCCGCUGACUCCUCAGUUGCUUUUCACAUAAGCCUCGAGCUGGGCCUUCUGGGAUCCUGCGGCGUUUAAAGGCGUACAACAAUGCCUGGGAGGCCUACCUGCCCCGGAUUGUCUCCACCCACGGUUGCUGUUUCAACACAGUGGUGACUGUGCCCACUACAGAGAGGAUCACAUCCAUCUAGUGCAUCCAGCCCUCCCCCUCUGCUGUACACUGACUCGGUGAAAUACCCUGCCCGCUUUUUGGUAUUUAGGAAGUACAUGCCGCUGUCAACCAGAUGACCUAGUGGACAUAUUUCCCAGUAAGAAGUGCUGAGCCAUACGAGGGGAUCCUAGUAUUGAACAUGACUCAUGGGGAGGAGCCUGGCCCUGAGACACACAAGGAUUCAGCUGUUCUAACUUAUCUGGAAGGUUUACUGAUGCAUCCAGUGGUGGCCGGGCCUGGGGCCACGGCAAGUGGGAGGUCUGAGGCUGCCCACAGCAAUCAGGAGCAGGGCGAUAAGGUGGGUGGGCCCUUCCAACUGCCCAACCAUGGACCCACAGCUCCCAAGGGUGGAACCAAUGGGCCCACUCUGGGUUCUUCUCAGCACCUCAAGAAAGCCCGCUUACUGCGCUCGGGAGCUUGGAAUGAUCCAGGGAACCAGCGAAUGAGCUCGCCCCCAGCGGAGCUGAAUGGCCAAGUGGGAGGGAUGCAGAAUGGAGCACUAGAGGGAUCUCCUCAUGCUGGAGAGAGCACCCUGCUGGCGUCACUGCUUCAGUCAUUUAGCUCGCGACUUCAGAGCGUGGCGAUGUCUCAGCACUCUAAUAAACCCCCGAGCGAGUGUUCGUCUCCAUCCAAGGCGCCACCUGCAGACAAAGAGCCGCUACCUGUGUACGGGACAGCCUCGAGCCGCUUAAAGGGCCUGAUGAGAAAGAGCAAGCUUCAGAAUCAUAGCAACACACCUUACAGUCGUCGCGGACACAGCCAGGACAGACCCCCGGAAUCGCCUCGCUCAGCACACAGCGCCACGCCUCCCGCUGCUGCUACAGCUGCAGAUUCAGUUUCCUGUGCAGAGCGACUGAAGGCCGUGGCUAACAUCGUGAAAAUCCGCUCUAGUCCGGCGCCUUCGCCUAAGCCCAGUGUCGCCUGCAGUCAGCUGGCCCUGCUGCUGUCCAGCGAAGCCCAUCUCCAGCAGUAUUCCAGGGAGCACGCGCUCAAAGCACAGCUCUCUGGAAGAUCAGCCAGCGAAAGACUAGCUGCCAUGGCAAACCAGCAGCACAACCAGGACAAAAGGCCACCCAGUCUGCCCGGAGCUCCAGACACGCUAAGCUCCUUAACAACCCAAAAUGGAAUGACAACAACCACCACAGUAACGACAACACUCCCUCGAAUGGCCCUGUCAAAUCCACAGAGCCCCUCUUUGCUGCGUGGCCACAGCCAAAGCUCCCCGCCCACUCCCCCACGUGCUCCAAGCCACACUCACAGCCAGCCACCUCGGGAGAAACGAGGCUUUGACUCGCGUCCAACCCGCCCACCCCAGACAUGCAGUAGCUUGCUGCUGCUGCUGCUCAACAAUCACAACAACCAGAAGCAGCUGACCAAGAAUGGGCAUUUGGAGGACAGCUGUGGCAUCCUGCCACCAAGUGGCUCCUCUUCAGUCACCUCAGACAGCGAAUGCUCCACCCAGGAGCGCAGCCUGACCAAGGACAGCAGCGAUGCCGAGAGCUCCUACUCGAGUUGCUCUCCUAUUGACCUCUCCAUGAGAAGCCGUGUCAAUAUGCAAGAUGGAGGGCUCAAAACGACAGUUCCCUCUUCCUGCGCCUCUUUCACCUCUACCCUCUCUACUUCCACCCCAGGUGCAUUCUCUCCUCAAGCUUCUGCUCAGCCCCCCACCACAACUUUAUCUCCAUCUUCUACUGUUGUCUCCUCUGUUUCCACCUCUAUUUCUUCCUCUUCCUGUAUCUCUACCUCUUCCCUGGACAAACUAACAGAAUCUUUAAUAAACAAGUGGAAGCCAGAGCCAUCAGGAUCAAAGGUGUCCAAGGGCAAGGACCCUGAAAUGAGCCCAGACCUAAAGUCCCACCCUAAAGUCACACUCAUGCAGCUUCUUCUCGAGCGCAGAAAUAAUGAGAUGGUUAAGAAAAAUGUAGGUAACCAAGAUUCACCUCUUGAUGUAACUGUAGCCACCAUGUCUCGAAACCAGCCAAAAGGACUGGUAUCUUGGGAAGAGGCGAGGACAAAAAGCCCCAUAGAUAGGUCUGUAGCUCCAGCUCAGCCCCUCUACUCGCUUGGCCGUGACCCAAGCGGUGCUCUGUCCCCAUAUUCCUACCCUUCCCCCAACGUCCAAUCCAGCCCACUGGAUUUGUGUAAAUCUAAAACCUUCCCUGCUGAGAAGGCCUCAGAGCCCGCCUUCAGUGCUAGUAAACUGUUACAGAAUCUGGCUCAGUGUGGGACAGCUUCCUCCCCACCCACCCCCUCUGGUAAAGGGCUGGGCCAGGAGCACGAUGCCAGCAGGCCCCUUGCCCUUUUGGAAAGACUCAAUGCUCCAAUCGGCAGGACCACCACCACCACUCCACUCUCUGAUGGAGCCUCAGGUAGUGGCACGCCCUUCAGUAGGAAGGAAGCUUCUCCUCCCUCAUCACAGAUUGAGAACCUUCUGGAAAGGCGCACCGUGCUGCAGCUCCUUCUAGGAACAAGCUCAGCUACAGCGACUGUGAGCCGCAAAGACCGGCCUAGUGGCAGUGGCAGGGGGGGUGUGGGGGGAGUGGGGGGAUGCAGUGAGAAGAACCCUGGUGCUCACGUCACCUGCGACAGCUCCAACGGCCCCCCUCUGGAUGUAAAGGUCAAAUCGGAGCUCAUGGAGGACGUGGGACCAUCCUCUGCCAUGUCUGAGGACGUGAUUGGCAGAAAGAGGCUGAGUUGCUAUGAGAAGAGUAGCCUCGUCUCAGAUUCCCAGCAGGACUUGAAGGCUGAACCCCGGCCUGCAGAGGUCAUAGCAAAAUAUGGCCUCCUCAGCCAGUUGCUUAAACAACAGACUGCUACCUACUAUACCAGUGCUGCUAUGCAGGCUGACACACAGCUCAGACAGGUUAAAGAGGAACAGAGGGAGUAUCCGAGCCCGAGCCCUAAGAAGAGGCGGCUCUGUUCAGAUCGGACUGAUAAUUUGAGUAACAUCAGCUCUCCGAGAGCAGUGGACAGCGGUGACACAAACAUGUUUGCCUCCUCUGUUGUUCCGGUAGAGCCUGAGCAGCAGAGGACUCUAAAGGAAGAAGAGGUUCCUCCAAAGAGCCCACCGAGUGAAACCCUUACACGAGAGAGCCGGGGCUUCAAUGUGCUCAAACAGCUGCUGCUCUCCGACAACUGCCUAAAGGAGCUGUCCCAGCAGCCCCGGGGGGCGCCCAGUCCGUGCGUCCUCCAGACCAACGGCAAGGCCAACGGUAGCAUUCUCACUCAGCCUGCCCAAAAUCACAGCUUCCUCCAACUGCCCAGCUGGCAUCCCCACGGUUCCCUCAACUCAGGGUUUCCAAGUAAUCUCAGACCGCUACCCACCCCUCCUCCAGGCGACAGUUCUCUGCGCUCCCCUUGGAGUCGCCACCCGUCCCCGUGGCCCAUCACUCAAAAACGGGAGACGCCUACUUUAGUCAAACAGGAGCCCGAGAGCCCCGUGCGGUGGAGUAGUCAAGAGAACGAAGAGGAGGACGAGGGUUGCGACUCAAACCCAGACUCUCCACGGCUCUCGCGGUCCAACCCCAUCCUGUAUUACAUGCUGCAGAAGGGCAGCAUCCAGCUAAGGAAGGAGGGGCGAGAUCAGGCAGAGGGAGCCCAUUCUGUGGUCAGAGUUAAAGAAGAGCCUAUCAGUGACAUGCAUGCCUAUGAACGCAGCCUGAGCUCUACCCCUCAAUCGCCCGCCCACAAUGACAAGCACAGCCACGAGAGCCAGGGGCUGAGCCAGUCGUCCGAGUAGAAUUUGUAUCAACUGCAGAAAAAUAGAAAUGGAAAGAAAUUCACUGACUCUGUUUGUUUUUCUUUUUUUUUUGAAUGACUUGCCAAAUUGGUCUGAUGAGACAAAUGACAAAGAAUGCAAAUUGAAUGAUUUUUUUUUUUCAGGUGGCAUAGAGCAAAUUCAGAUGCACUUCUGCGUCGCUUUUUAAAUAGUGAGGUCGUGGAACGGUACAAAACAGCUGUAUCUUAGCAGAAUGCCACAAAAGCCAAAACUGUGCAUCAGUCACAGAUCAAACCUUCCCAUCACUGAUUGUCAUGCACUACAUUUUGUACUACGAUGUUAAUUACGGAGCCCUCCUUUAUUAUUAUUGUUAUUUUUCUUUUUUUUUACACUUUCUUACUAUUUGAACUGUACACAUAUCACUACUCCAAGUCCUCCUGUUGCCUGCCAUAAAACAUUUAGAAAGAACAUUUCAAGCGACAUCCAUUAUUGAUGACUCUAAAAAUGUUAGUGCUCAGUUCAGUGGACAUUUAUUUAUUUUCUCCAUCAGAACAUUUCCAGAUAGGCAGAGACCCAUCAAUUUUAGAUAAGAUUCCAAAUAGUCACGGCGGUCUAUUACAACAGUGUCCGUGCUGAAGUCAUUCAGAGGACCUUAAAAACGGCAUUCGGCGAAGAUCCCGCCGAUUCACGGCGUGGCACAAUUGCCAGUGGAGAAGGAAUAUAUAUCGUUGGCGCUUUAAACGGUCACGACUCAUUGUUUUCGCUUUUAUUUGAAGUGCGUGUUUCGAGGCCGAUGUUCGACAGUGCAGAUUCAGGGCACUGUGUUUGCAGAUUGAGCCGUUUGGAGCAGAUGGGUCAACAGAGCGAGCGCGGCGCUUACAGUUGAGCAACUGCGUGUAAGCAGGUUUCUAGAGCAACAGUUAAAAGGCAGUGUGUGAGGAACUUAUCUCGCGACCCUGGUUAAACCCAAGGCACUUUUCUUCACGCACGCAGAAACUUUCGAGUGUGACGCACAUCACGGCUUUUUCCUUUUCAUUUCACUUAAAAGGAGCACCCAGACUUUGCACUAUCGAGUCCUUGGAGUCCUUUUCAGAAUCAUUUAACGGCAUGUGAUAAUAAAAAAGAAAAAACAGUCAGUAUUGUUAUCUGUUGAGAAUUUGACAGUUUGUGAUUUUUUUUUUCCCUUUAUUUCUUCACUAUUGUGGUUUAUAGAUUUUUUUUUAUUGUUAUUAUUAUUUGUUUGUGGCAGUCUCUUAUCUCAUAAAAUGUCAAAAGAAUUGCAUGAUAAUAAAGAGAAGACCAGAGGUACAUCUUUGUUUUGAAAGCAGCUGGAUGUGUGUACCUGCCCCCAGCAAUCACCAAGACCUUUCGGUGUCUUGAGGGAUCUCUGGUUGAUCUAGCUCCUUAUUUUUGGAUCGUACUGUACUCUUCAGUUGAUCUCACAUACUGCUUUAUCGAUUUUAGUCUCGUGAUCUUUUUACUACAUAUGAAGUACGUCUCUUCAAUUAUUAAUACAUUUUCACAAUGGUUAAAUAUAUUUGUGUAAAUAGUACUUUCAGUAUGAAAGAUGACUAUUUUGUAAUGUUUAAGAAAAGAUAUUACCCUAGUUUUUAAUGCCCUGAUAUGUAAAUAUGAAUUAUAUGCGUACAAGUGUACAUACAAAGGCCGAGGAUGCUAUGCCCAUCGUUUUCCUUUUUUCUUUAUUUUCUUUUGGUUGGUUUGUUCUCUGCAUGUGUCUCUAUGUGGUAAAUGAUAAUCUAUCCUGCGCUGUGUUGUGUAAUAAUGUCUGACUUUCCUCACUGCUGCCUGUUGCAUGCAGACGCAUGGGAACUACCUGUGUAUCCCUACUGGUGAUGGGGGAAAAUGUCAAGUCUUAAAAUAGGUCUUUUAUAUCACAGAGAGAGAGAGAGGCUGGUUUAGAAUAUGAACAGUCCCUAAAUAACCACAGACUGUUGAGCAAGUUGAUUUUAAAACAAAAAAAAUGUGUGGAAAAAUAAAUGUGCAUUGAAUAUUUUUGUGAUUAUUCUUUUCUGUUACUGGUUAACAAAGCUCUGUGGAAGAGUUUGGGGGGAUGUUAGGUGGGGGAUUGACGUACAAUCAUAGAUCUGCAUUGUGCAUCUAAGAAAUACAUUUGUAGCAGCAAAUAUAUAUAUAAAUAUAUAUAUUAAAAAAAAGGAUGUUUCAUUUUUUUCAUGUGAAGACCUGAAACA